UCAACACAGAGAAGGUAUACGUAACGUUGGGCUGUUCACUUACCAGAGGGAGAAAGCUCGGAUUAAUGGAAACUGGACAAGAGAAAAGGGAGAGACGUUUGAUGGGGAACCUCAUUGUCUUUCUUAGGAUUGAGAGAGAGUGACAGAGAGAGGGUGAGAAAGUGGCAGCGAGAGAGAGAGAAAGUGGCAGAGAGCGAGAGAGAGAGAAAGUGGCAGAGAGUGAGAGAGAGAGAAAGUGGCAGAGAGCGAGAGAGAGAGAAAGUGGCAGAGAGCGAGAGAGAGAGAAAGUGGCAGAGAGCGAGAGAGAGAGAAAGUGGCAGAGAGCGAGAGAGAGAAAGUGGCAGAGAGCGAGAGAGAGAGAAAGUGGCAGAGAGCGAGAGAGAGAGAAAGUGGCAGAGAGAGAGAGAGAGUGGCAGAGAGAGAGAGAGAGUGGCAGAGAGCGAGAGAGAGAAAGUGGCAGAGAGCGAGGGAGAGAAAGUGGCAGAGCGAGGGAGAGAAAGUGGCAGAGCGAGAGAGAAAGUGGCAGAGAGAGAGAGAAAGUGGCAGAGAGAGAAAGUGGCAGAGAGAGAAAGUGGCAGAGAGAGAAAGUGGCAGAGAGAGAAAGUGGCAGAGAGAGAAAGUGGCAGAGAGAGAAAGUGGCAGAGAGAGAAAGUGGCAGAGCGAGAGAGAGAAAGUGGCAGAGCGAGAGAGAGAAAGUGGCAGAGCGAGAGAGAGAAAGUGGCAGAGCGAGUGAGAGAAAGUGGCAGAGCGAGAGAGAGAAAGUGGCAGAGCGAGAGAGAGAAAGUGGCAGAGAGAGUGAGAGAAAGUGGCAGAGAGAGUGAGAAAGUGGCAGAGAGAGUGAGAGAAAGUGGCAGAGAGAGUGAGAGAAAGUGGCAGAGAGAGUGAGAGAAAGUGGCAGAGAAGUGGCAGAGAGAGAGACAGAAAGUGGCAGAGAGAGAAGUGUCAGAGAGAGAGACAGAAAGUGUCAGAGAGAGAGACAGAAAGUGGCAGAGAGAGAGAGAGAGAAGUGGCAGAGAGACAGAAAGUGGCAGAGAGCGAGAAAGUGGCAGAGAGACAGAGACAGAGAGCCAGCCAUCAUGCCAAGGUUCUGUCCUGCUGGUGUGUGUUGUCUGUCCCCCCAGCUGUUCCUCUCUGAGGGGGGAGGACAGGGGGGUGAUCAUCAACUCAGCCACUCAGACAAACUGGAGACCGGCUACACUGAGAAAUCACAGCGCUACCACACACAGAAAAGUGUGAAGGAGGGGAUUCUAUUGAAACAGACGAGCUCAUUCCAGAGAUGGAAAAGGAGGUUCUUCAAAUUGAGAGGAAGGACACUUUACUAUGCCAAAGACUCAAAGUCUCUGAUAUUUGACGAGGUGGACCUAUCAGACGCCAGCGUGGCCGAGACCAGCACCAAGAACAUCAACAACAGCUUUACGGUGAUCACUCCGUUCAGGAAGCUGAUGCUGUGUGCAGAGAGCAGGAAGGAGAUGGAGGAUUGGAUUGGUGCUCUGAAGUCUGUACAGAAAUGGGAGACUUACGAGACCAGUCUAUUUAAUAUGGAACAUUUCUCUGGGAUGCAUAACUGGUAUGCCUGUUCCCACGCAAGACCCACCUUCUGUAACGUCUGCAGAGAGGCCCUCUCCGGAGUCACCUCACACGGACUGUCCUGUGAAGUGUGUAAGUUCAAGGCCCAUAAGCGCUGUGCGGUGCGCUCCACCAACACCUGUAAAUGGACCACGCUGGCCUCCAUAGGAAAUGACAUCAUGGAGGAUGAGGAUGGGGUGUCCAUGCCUCACCAGUGGUUAGAAGGGAACCUGCCGGUCAGUGCUAAGUGUGUGGUGUGUGAUCGUAACUGUGGCAGUGUCAGGAGACUGCAGGACUGGAGGUGUCUAUGGUGCACAGCUAUUGUCCACAGCAGCUGUAAAGAGCAGAUGGGAAAGGUGUGUCCUCUGGGUCAGUGUCGCGUCUCCAUCAUCCCUCCUACAGCCCUCAACAGUAUCAACUCUGACGGCUUCUGGAAGGCCACCUCUCCCUCCUGCACCUCUCCUCUCCUGGUCCUCUGUAACUCUAAGAGUGGAGACAACCAAGGAGUUAAGUUCCUGAGGAAGUUUAAACAGCUCCUCAACCCUGCACAGGUCUUUGACUUAAUGAAUGGAGGGCCUCAGCUGGGUCUGCGUGUGUUCCAGAAGUUUGCCACGUUUCGUAUCUUGGUGUGCGGAGGAGAUGGCAGUGUUGGUUGGGUGCUGUCUGCACUGGACAAACUAAACCUGCACAAACAGUGCCAGCUAGGUGUGCUCCCCCUGGGGACAGGUAAUGACCUAGCCAGGGUGCUGGGCUGGGGAGCGCUGUGUGACGAUGACACUCAGCUGCUACAGAUCGUGGAGAAGCUGGAGAGAGCCACCACCAAGAUGCUGGACAGGUGGAGUGUGAUGACAUACGAGCUUCCCACCAAACACUGUCCAAUGGUGAAGGAAGACUAUUUUAGUCCCGACUCACCCUUACAGGUCCACAUCACUCAGUAUGCAGACUCUGUGGCCUCCCACCUCACCAAAAUCCUGGACUCGGACAAACCCACUGAUGUCAUAUCCUCUGCCAAGUUUUUGUGUGGGACGGUGAAUGAUUUUGUAGCAGAGGUGGGGAGAGCGUAUGAGAGAGCCACAGAGAACAAGGAGGAGGCCGAUGCUAUGGCAAAGAAGUGUACUCUGUUGAAUGAGAAGCUGGGCAGCCUAGUGGAGGCUCUGAGUGAGGAGGCUGAUGCCAAGGUGGUGCCAGUGGGCAGCGUGCCACCCCACGAGGACCAGGAUGGGGGCACAGACACCCCUGGAGGGGAGCCCCCGUACAGGUCCAGAGAACAGCUGAUGAUGAGAGCUAACAGUCUGAAGAAAGCCCUGAGACAGAUCAUAGAACAGGCUGGGAAAGUGGUAGAUGAACAGAACAGACACACUCAUAUCCAGCACAUGUCUUCCUCCUCGUCCAUAAAGAGAGAGAACAGUGAGGAGCUGACAGAGCCAGAACCACGUCACAUCAGUUUGAGUCCCACGAGUUCCUCGAGCAUCGUCUUGGAGAAACCAGAGAGUCUUAGCCCUCCAUCCUUUAAUGAGGAUCAGUGUUCAGAGAAAUGUGUACUGAACAAUUACUUUGGGAUCGGUCUGGAUGCUAAGAUCUCCCUGGAGUUUAACAACAAGAGAGAUGAACAUCCCAAGAAAUGCAGUAGUCGUACUAAGAACAAGUUGUGGUAUGGGGUGAUGGGAACCAAGGAGCUGGUGCAUAAGACGUAUAAGAACCUGGAGCAACGUGUACUGUUGGAGUGUGAUGGUGUCUCUAUAUGUCUGCCCAGUCUUCAGGGACUAGCUGUUCUCAACAUCUCCAGCUAUGCAGGAGGAAUCAACUUCUGGGGUGGCACCAAAGAGGACAGCAACUUUGGCGCCCCGUCAUUUGACGAUAAGAAGCUGGAGGUGGUGGCUGUGUUUGGCAGCAUGCAGAUGGCUGUGUCCAGAGUCAUCAACAUCCAACACCACCGCAUCGCACAGUGUCGUCAGGUAAAGAUCACUAUCCUAGGAGACGAGGGGGUACCAGUACAGGUGGAUGGAGAAGCAUGGAUUCAGCCCCCAGGGAUAGUUAAGAUCACACACAAGAACAGAGCUCAGAUGCUAACCAGAGACCGGAACUUUGAGAGGACUCUGACGUCAUGGGAGGACAAGAGGAAGAUUGACAGCUACCAUUCCUCCAGGCCCCGCCUCAACUCUCAGCAGUCUAUGGAAUACCUCACAGAGGAGGAGUGUGCUCAAGUACAGCAGCUGGGCCUGGUGGCAGACAUGCUCAUCACUAGGAUAAGAGAUGCGGCUAAGACACACAAGCUGGUGGAACAGGAGUUAGCUCAUGCUGUCAACGCCAGUGCCCUGGUCCUCAGUGAAGCCUUCCCCUCCAAGCCGUCCAGCCCUGAGUGUCUGAGUCGCAGUACAGCAGUGGAGAUCGUGAACAGCAGUAGAGUCCUUCAGCUGGAGACCACGAUGCUGCUGGAGGGGAAACUACUGGUAUACUAUAACCCCCUACUGGUGGAUUCUCCCCAGGAAGAGGAGCUCCUCUCUACUCUCAGCAGUCUGAGCGCUGAACUCCACAAGCUGGACGACAUACACUGGAUCUGCCCUGCCAUGCACUGCUCUGAGGAGGUGGCUGACACUGUGAGGGUGAGCGGUAAGAGCAGUAUUAAGAUGAAGAUGAUGCCCAAGGUGAAGAGGGAGAGAGAGAAGCUCCACAAGCAGAAGUCCAAUAGCUCUCUGUCAGGAUCUUGGGAUAUUAAAGGUGGCGCAAAUGAGACGGGCAAUUGAGGAACUUAAACGCAAAGGCUUAACAAGGUACACCCAUCGCCAUGGCAGCCAGGGGAGGCGAGAGGUGUCACCCUCUUCUUCCUACGGGACGUGGGCUUUACCUACCGAGGGGUGAGAAGUACAAAAUGAUUCCACGACCCUCCCGCCUUUCAGCUAACACCUCCCCCUUGACUCUCGAUGUUCUCCAUUUUGAAAUUAGGGAGGAGUUAUUUUUAACUAAGGGGUGUGGCUUUGCAUCCUUUCACCAUUGGGGUCCUGUUAUUGGUUCUAUUUGGCCUGCUGACCCAGGAGGUGGGCGUGGCUUCUUGAGAUGAAAGCAGAGAAGGAGAAGAGACGCUCUCUUAGCAACUUGUUUCCUUGACGACGCAAUGUGUUUACGUAGGCGGAGCUCUCCUUUGCAUGACAUGAGCAGCCAUUUUUGUUUUUAUUUUUAAAUAACUCAUUUUUUUGGCAGGCGUUUACACUACCCUUCCUCUUUUCUCUCUUUUUUUGUAAUCUUUAUUGACUUUCGUGACAACUUACAGGACUUUUUAGUUUCCUUGAGAAAUCUGAAGUCUUAAGACGACUUUGCUUUCUGUUCCUAUCGCCGUAAGAACAACAAAAAUACAAAUGAACAACAAUGUAAACAACAUCUCAAAUGAUUAACUGGAGACUCAUAAAUGUAAAACAAAAAAUAGACUAUUGCAGGGUCAUAUUGAGGAAUGUACUACAUUUGUGCGUAUUACCUUGUGAAUAUUCAUAUUACUGUGUGAAUAUUUGUUCUGCCGUGUGAAUAUUCAUACUACAGUGUGAAUAUUCAUAUUACCGUGUGAAUAUUCAUAAGGUAGUAUGACUGGCCUGAUGUCUCCCUCCCUGCAUGCCUUCCACUCCUCACUAUCCUAUGAGAUGGAAGAAGUAGCCCAGUAGACACUGAUCUAAGGUCAAGAUUAGAAUUAGAAAUCUGAUCCUAGAUCUGUGGUUAGGACAAACAUUCACCAUGAGCUUAUACAUUCCUUAAUGGUCUCGAUUGAAUGAAUAUAUAUAUAUAUAUAUAUAUUCUCUUGUAGAAAUUGGGUAGGGCUUUUUUUAUUUUUUUAUUACGUUAUUAAUAGGAAGAAUAAAUUCAUAAAUAAUAAUAAAUUAGGAAACAACAUGUAUUACAACGUCCUGUAAUAUCUUGAACAUUUAUUUAAUCAAUUUAAUGCUGAACAAACUUGAAAUAAUUAUGUUUAUAGUCAAUCAGAUAAACUGUUCGCUAUAUGAAUGUGCUACUGUACCAUUAGCAUGCUGCUGUUAGAGGCUUUAAUGAGGUUUCUUACCGGGCGCACUGGUUUAAAAUGACAUAUGACGAUUGUGUGUGUAUGUGCAAACGACACUGUGUGUGUCAUUCAUUUUACUGUGUCGUUCGAGUUUACUGUAUGUUGCCUUGCACUUUACAAAGCGAAACUUAAAGAACACAUUUGUGUGCGUGUGUGUUGUAAAGUGACCGUUGCUAUGACAACGGUCCCUCUCCGUCGUAUUUAUGACAAAUCUAUACAGAGAUAAUUGUGUGUUAAUAUAUAAAUAUAACCAAGCGAAUGUUAAAGUGUGUGUGUGUGUGUAUAUAUAAAUAUAUAUAUAUAUAUAUACACACACACACAGUACCAGUCUAAAGGUUGGACACACCAACUCAUUCAAGGAUUUUUCUUUAUUUUGACUAUUUUCUACGUUGUAGAAUAAUAGUGAAGAUAUCAAAAUCAUGAAAUAACACAUGGAAUCAUGUAGUAUUUUAGAUUCUUCAAAGUAGCCUUGAUGACAGCUUUGCAUUCUCUUGGCAUUCUCUCAACCCGCUUCAUGUGGAAUGCUUUUCCAACUGUCUUGAAGGAGUUCCCACACAUGCUGAGCACUUGUUGGGUGCUUUUCCUUCGCGCUGCGGUCCAACUCAUCCCAAACCGUCUCAAUUAGGUUGAGGUUAGGUGAUUGUGGAGGACAGCUCAUCUGAUGCAAAAUUCCAUCACUCUCCUUCUUGGUCUAAUAGCCCUUACACAGCCUGGAGGUGUGUUUUGGGUCAUUGUACAGUUGAAAAACAAAUUAUAGUCCCACUAAGCGCAAACCAGAUGGGAUGGCGUAUCGCUGCAGAGUGCUGAUUAAGUGUGCCUUUAAUUCUAAAUAAAUCACAGACACUGUGACCAGAAAAGCAACAUCACACCUCCUCCUCCAUGCUUCACAGUGGGAACCACACAUGCGAAGAUCAUCCGUACACGUGCUCUGCAUCUAACAAAGAACCGGCAGUUUGAACUAAAAAUCUCAAAUUUGGACUCAAAUUUAGACAGAUUUCCACCGGUCUAAUGUCAAUUACUUGUGUUUCUUGGCCCAAGCAAGUCUCUUCUUAUUAUUGGUGUCCUUUAGUAGUGGUUUCUUAGCAGCAUUAGACCAUGAAGGCCUGAUUCACACAGUCUCCUCUGAACAGUUGAUGUUGAGAUAGAUGUCUGUUACUUGAAAUCUGUGAAGCAUUUAUUUGGGCUGCAAUUUCUGAGGCUGGUAACUCUAAUGAAUGUAUCCUCUGCAGGAGAGGUAACUCUGGGUCUCCUUUUCCUGUGGCGGUCCUCAUGAGAGCCAGUUUCAUCGUAGUGUUUCAUGUUUUUUCCUGAUUGACUGACCUUCAUGUCUUAAAGUAAUGAUGGAGUUGUUUCUCUUUGGUUAUUUGAGCUGUUCUUGCCAUAUUGUGGACCUGGUCUUUUACCAAAUAGGACUAUUUUCUGUAUACCACCCCUACCUUGUCACAACACAACUGAUAGGCUCAAAUGCAUUAAGAAGGAAUGAAAUCCCACAAAUUAACUUUUAACAAGGCACACCUGUUAAUUGAAAUUCUUUCCACGUGACUACCUCAUGAAGCUGGUUGAUAGCAUGCCAAGAGUGUGCAAAGCUGUCAUCGAGGCAAAGGUUGGCUACUUUGAAGAAUCUCAAAUCUAAAAUAUAUUUAGAUUUGUUUAACAUUAUUUUGGUCACUACAUGACUCCAUAUGUGUUAUUCCAUAGUUUUCAUGUCUUCACUAUUAUUUUACAGUGAAAAAAAAAUAGAAAAUAAAGAAAAACCCUUGAAUGAGUAGGUGUGUCCAAACGUUUGACUGGUACUGUAUAUAAAGGGUUUGUGGUACUGUGUAUGUUUUACAGGGUUGCAAAAUUCCAGGUAACUCCCCAAAUUCCCAUGUUUUAUAGAAAUCCUGAUUGGAAGAUGUUUUAACCCGAAGGGAAACAGCAGGAAAUCCAGGAAUCCUCCAACAAGGAAAGUCCAAGGAAUUUUGCAACCCUGAUGUUCUCAGUCAACACGACUCACGGAAGAACGUAUUCUCAAACAUGCUACUGCAAGGUCACUCCAAUGUCAUGCCAACCGUUCCUUAGCAACUGUUUGUAUGUCUGUUGCGCGGUACUAGGAUAUCGGUACUGAACAGUGUUGAAAUCUUCGUGAUAUAAAAUAUAUAGCUGUCAAUCGCCAAGGUACUGAGAGGAUAUGAGAGGAAAUGUAGGAUACGGAGAACAAUGCAACAACAUAUCGAGUCGUUAGGAUUUGACAACGUCUUGUCGGACUACAUGUCACUGUUGUGUGCAUUUGACGAUACGUUUUCGUGAACUCACUUUGUCUUGUGAACGCCCCCCUUACAGACAGAAGGACUCUGCUCUGCAAUGCUCAAAGCUGGACUCGAUGUUGCACGUUGUUUGUUCAAAGACGUUGAAUAAUAUUGUGCUGUUAAUUGGUUGUGCUGGUUGAUCGCUGUAACCAGGCUGGGAGGUUAGCCUUUGGACCUGACAUUAUUCCGUAGUCCUAAGUGUCAAGAUGUUGUAUAUUAUACUAUUUAAUGGUGUAAAUUGAUAAGAAGGGAUGGAAUUGAAUUGUGAGUCUUUGAUGUCAUCAUGUAUUGGACUUGAUUGAGUAUUGCAAAUAUAUGAUUUUUUUUAGCUUCGAGCCAAACCAUUAUUUUGAAAGAUGAUGAUCGCGCCGAGAAGACGAUGAUUUGACUUGUUUUACAGGCAUAUGAUGAUUUUUUAUUUGUGACUUUAAUCUGGGAUUGAAUCAAAAGGCGCGUUGUCGUCGACUAGAGCUCUGCACGUGAAAGGUCAAAGGUCAUUUACGAUGUCCCAGGAUCUGGUCCUAGCCUGUCUACGUGUGCUAUCUAAUCAUGUGUGGCCCAGAGAGAGAAACGGGCAGAAACAAAGUGUGUGUGUGUGUGUGUGUCAAGUGCGACACAUAAUGCAAGUUGGAUAGAUGGAGUUCCUCCUUUUGGUUUUAAUGAAUAUCACAGCACAUUUAACGCCAUGUCACACACUGUACACUCAAGCAGAAAGGAUGUAGCUGAAUAUUCAAUACAGUUAUUAUAGCCUUAUUUAAUUACAACAUUUACAUUUACAUUUAAGUCAUUUAGCAGACGCUCUUAUCCAGAGCGACUUACAAAUUGGUGCAUUCACCUUAUGACAACAAAAUCUUAGUAUGGUGUCCAUAUUAGGACAUUGAUUCUGACCCAGAUUUGUCUGAUGCCUGACGAUGUCCUAAUAUGGACACUGUACCAGAGGGUUGAGAGAAACUCCUCUAUAACAGAUUUAUAUUUGUAUCUGUGCGUACAGUAGAGAUCAAUACAAUUUCUUUAUAAAUUAAAAACCAGUAGCAGUCUUACAGCCUUACCGUUCCUAGGACUGUAGGGAAGAUGGACAAUAUAAUAGAUCAAUCCCUCUCACAGCUAGUGAGACCAUCCUCUUGACCUUAACCGUCAGGGUCGGACAAUCAAUCAAACACGGGCGUCUCCUACGCUUCUCGAAGAUUCUGGACAAUCGGUUUCUCUCACUCCUCAUCCGAGACACUGAUGUCAUCAAUGUCUUUGUCCUACUGACUGGAGUUGUUGGCCUCAUCUAUGGAACCUGGAAUACAGUGAACAUUACUGUCUGUGCAGUCCAUGUUUUCAUUCAAAUACAGUGAACAUUACUGUCUGUCCAGUCCAUGUUAUCAUUAAAAUACAGUGAACAUUACUGUCCAGUCCAUGUUUUCAUUCAAAUACAGUGAACAUUACUGUCUGGUCCAUGUUAUCAUUAUAAUACAGUGAACAUUACUGUCUGUCCAGUCCAUGUUAUCAUUAUAAUACAGUGAACAUUACUGUCUGUCCAGUCCAUGUUAUCAUUAUAAUACAGUGAACAUUACUGUCUGUCCAGUCCAUGUUAUCAUUAUAAUACAGUGAACAUUACUGUCUGUCCAGUCCAUGUUAUCAUUAUAAUACAGUGAACAUUACUGUCUGGUCCAUGUUUUCAUUAAAAUACAGUGAACAUUACUGUCUGGUCCAUGUUAUCAUUAUAAUACAGUGAACAUUACUGUCUGUCCAGUCCAUGGUAUCAUUAAAAUACAGUGAACAUUACUGUCUGGUCCAUGUUUUCAUUAAAAUACAGUGAACAU